UCCCAUUGGCAAUAUUAUUUAAUCCUGACUUCCGACCACCGCCAACCCUUUACCACACCCAUUAAUGACGAUUUCGCUACGACUUGAUAACGUGUCCGGAGAGCCUAGCACACGCAGGGCCCUUCUCUGACAUUUCUUUGGCAGUAGCCAAAUCCAAAAAGAUAGUCGUUGUCACCGGAGCAGGCAUUUCAUGUUCAUGUGGCAUUCCGGACUUUCGGUCUUCGGAUGGUCUUUAUGCACUGGUCAAGCAGCGGUACCCCGACAGUCGUCCUCAAAGGGCGUGAUCUAUUCGACGCGUCUCUGUUCCGUGACUCCACGUCAAUAUCUGUCUUCUAUACUUUUAUAUCACAGCUCAAACGCUCCAUCGACGCCGCCACUCCUGCUGCCACACACCGAUUCAUUCAAACCCUGGACGCGAAGCAAAAACUAGUACGGUCGUACACGCAGAACAUCGAUGGUCUAGAAGAGCGGGUGGGGCUGCGUGGGAGUUCCAGUCAACAGGUGAAGACAAGUGGGAAGAAGAAGUCGAAGCUGAAAGUCAAGGAAGUACGGAACGUCCAGCUGCACGGUGACAUCCACCGCGUGCGGUGCACUUUCUGCUCUGCCGAAAUGUCUUGCACCGAAGAACAUCUGUACGCAUUCGAGAACGGUAAAGCUCCAGAUUGCCCAGAAUGCACCUCGCGAUCGGAAGCACGAGUUGCUCGUUCUGCACGUGCUCUCAAAAUCGGAACUCUUCGUCCAGCCAUCGUACUUUACGACGAACCACAUCCUCUUGGGGACGAUAUAGGCACAAUCCAAACGUCAGACAUCGCCCGCAAGCCCGAUAUGCUCAUUAUCAUGGGCACUUCACUCAAGGUUCACGGUCUCAAAAAGCUCGUUAAGGACUUUGCCAAGGUCGUGCACGCCACUGGGACUGGAACAACACCUAAUGGUACUCCCAAAAAACAAAAGAUAUGGCAGGGAAAAGUCGUUUUCGUGAAUAAGACUCCACCUGGCAGCGAGUGGUCUGACGUUAUCGAUUACCAUGUCGCAGGGGAGACUGAUGAAUGGGUCGAGAAGGUCUUAGAAGACUGGAAGAAGAUGCGGCCAUCAGACUGGGAGAUACAACAGACGCUUGAUAAAACUGACGAGUGCAGUGGGUUCAAAGUCGUCAAAAACGCCGCUACCAAAAUGAAGGGCAAAGCUGCACCAAAGCGCAAUCCGAACGUCGAGAAUGUGCCGCUAGAAGAUCCAUUAUUCUCACAACUAACUUCGCCAUCAAAAAAACCCGUCAGCGCUCCGUCAUCGCCAAGCAAGCGGCGACAGUCUACGUCACAUUAUUCAGACGUGGAGUCGAGCCCGCGAAAGAGACGCGACAUUGCCAAAAUCGCGGAUGGUAUGGAUAGGUUGGAUAUGUCGGACAAGUGCAAGUUAUUUGCAGACGCGACAAAUGUGACCAAGAAUGCGGGAGGAGACGACCUGGUGAUGGGUGAACUCGAACCUUCGAAAGUAAAGGUACGACGGGCAAGCACAUCGGUCGUCUCCAAGCCCCAGUCUCGAAGCAUUGCCAAACCAAGGGUGGAUGUGUGGGUGGAGAUCGUGAAGAAACCGUAGUAUUACACAGCCGGCUGUACAUUAGUGUAUGAUAUACCUCUGCAUUGUUGAUAUACUUCCGGUGGUACUUUGCAUGUUGCAAAGGUCGUGUAAGUAUUGAGGUAGAUGAUAGUAAAACAAGACAA